GGGAUUUAGAGAUGGUUAGAAAACGGUCAAAACCGUGGAAUAACUGUAUAAAAAUCCCAUCAACGAGGCCUAUCCUUUUUAACCUUUCUUUUCUGUGCUUGAUGAAUGAAAGUGAAGAGGGAGAUCUAAAUAAAUGUACGGCAUGGAUAGACUGAUUGUGAAAAUGGGAUCAAAAUUGGACUUGAUCGAAGAAGCGUUUGGCCCACACAGUCUCCGAUCAUAUCUUGCAGAGUUCAUCUCCACCUUUCUUUUCGUCUUCAUUGGAGUAGGAUCGGCAAUCUCUGCCGGAAAGCUUACGUCCGAUGCCUCAUCCGACGUAACCGGCCUCGUUGCGGUCGCCGUUGCGCAUGCAUUCGCCUUGUUUGUGGCAGUGUACGUUGCGGCAAAUACCUCUGGAGGUCACGUGAAUCCAGCUGUCACUUUUGGAUUGGCAGUCGGAGGCCACAUCAGCAUCCUAACUGGCACCUGUUACUGGGUGGCCCAGUUGCUGGGAUCCACCAUGGCUUGUCUCUUCCUCAUGUUAGUAACACGUGGCCAGGCAAUCCCGACUCAUGGGCUGGCUUCGGAGAUAACCGGGUUUGGAGGUACGGCCAUAGAGAGCGUGACGACGUUCGCACUCGUGUACACCGUGUAUACAACUAGGGAUCCGAAGAAGGGUCCACUCGGAAUUAUGGGGCCCAUUGCAAUUGGGUUUGUAGUGGGGGGAUGCAUCCUGGCGUCCGGUCCAUUCACGGGUGGUUCGAUGAACCCAGCCCGCUCCUUCGGACCGGCCGUGAUCACAGGUGAUUUUAAGAACCAUGGGGUUUAUUGGGUGGGACCCUUGAUUGGAGGAGGCAUUGCUGGACUGGUGUAUGAAAACGUUAUGGCUCUUACCAGCAGCCAACCGUCUCUCGCGGCUGCUGAUGCUGCUUAG